GCUGAUGCAUCGUAGACCACUCCAAAAACACUUAGACACCAGCAGUGAUAGGAAGCGUACAAUCUGUGAAAUACUAUAAAAACCGUAUAUAAAGACUUUGAACUUCAAUUGCUUCAGCCAGUGUUAAAGGAUGUUGCUGCGCGUAGUCUUGCUGUUGCUUUUCAGCGUCGAAGUGAUUCGUUGCGACGAUGUGCAGCAGGUGAAGAUCUCGUUGUUCUACGAAACCUAUUGUCCUUACAGCAUCAAAUUCCUAUCGGAGCAGCUGUACCCAACCACGAAGAAACUCUCGAAAUACAUCGAUUUGGAUUUGGUGCCGUAUGGAAAGGCGACGCGAGAAAUGAAGGACGGACAUUGGAUUUUCAAUUGCCAGCACGGUGAUAAAGAGUGUUACGGGAAUAAAAUCCAUGCUUGCGCUUUGGAACAGUCCAAGUUUAAGGAUAACGUUGAUAUCGUUGAGUUGUUGGAUUGUUUCGUGCAGACGAAAUACGAAGAUGAGAAGAUCAAAAGCUGUUGCAAGGCGGUUAAUUAUAAUUACGAUCGUUUGAAGAGGUGCAUGAUUGCUAAAUCUGAAGAACUGUUGGCUGCAUACGGUGAUAGGACUGAUGGGAAUGAUCCGAAGGUCACGUUUGUUCCUCUGGUGAUGUUCGAUGAUUACUACAACAGAACUUUGGACGACGAAGGAACUGAAAAUUUGUUGGAAACUGUUUGCAAAGUGCUCAGGCCGCCUCUUCCCAAACAUUGUUUAAACUUUUAUAAAAUUGUUUAACAAAUAAAUAGAAAAUUUAUUGAUUUUUUUUGUUGAUU